CCGAAAAAAAAAAUAAUAAAAUAAAAUAAAUUAAAGCAUAUAUGCAUAUACAAUCAAUACUUUUUCAAUAAUCACGCCAAUUUCCCAUCCCAAAACUCUCUCCAAGCAACACACGCACACAAAUAAAGUGUCGUCUCAGGCUGACGUUUUGUUUAACCAUAUUAUGUCCUUCCUCACCGAUUUUCUUUUCUGACUAAUUCUGGGUCAUACACGUAUAUAUAAAUAUAUGCAUAUAUUAGAUAAUUUAUACACAAGUAUAUAGUAUAUAUGAUUGAUUUGAUGACAGAUUUGGGUAGUAGGCAGAGGUUGAGGAGAAGGAUUGAAUUGAAGGGUCAGGAUGUGUUUUCAGAAAGGGAGAUACAACCAUCAUCAAAUUAAUGUGAAUUGCAGCAGUAGAUGUAGAUCGUCAUGGAUGAAGAAGUACCUGGUUCUGUGGGGACAAGUGGUAGCCUUGCUCUGAGAUUGGGGCAGACUGUUUUCUCUUCUGCUUCUCUUCUUUUCAUGUCUCUCGGUGUUGAGUUCUACAACUUCACUGCUUUCUGCUUUUUGGUAACAAUCAUGGGUUUGGUGAUUCCAUGGAGUUUCAUUCUGGCAUUGGUGGAUGGCUACUCUGUCCUGGUUAAAUGCCCUAUUCGCCAGCGAGGAAUACUGCUGAUUGUUGUAAUUGGAGAUGGGGUUUUAUCCAUUCUCACAUUAGCUGCAGCCUGCUCAACCGCCAGCGUAGUGGACAUUCUGCUCCAUGCUGACGGAUCUUAUUGCCCUCCGAAAUUUUGCAGUAGAUAUCAGAUAUCUGCUGCAAUUGCCUUCUUGUCAUGGUUUUCAUCUUUGGCUUCAUCUCUUUUCAAUCUCUGGCUACUUCCCACCUUGUGAUUCUCAUAAUUAGAAUUCUUUGUUUUCUUGAAAUCUGUAUAAUCCUUGAUUUUUCUAAAUCUGAACUCUGUAUAUUAUGGUGUUCAAAUUUUGAUACAAAAAUAAUCCAAAAUGAUACAAGUACAAAGCUGUGGAUGAA